CUCUAAAAAUGUUAAAAAAAAUUAAAUUUCAGAUUUUUGAAUCGAAUUUAAAAUAUCCUUGUGAUUUUUCAUUAAUAUUACUAUUCUUUUGAUUGGUAUCAUUGUGAUUCUAGCAGUUUUGCAAUAAAAACAAUUUGUAAAGUUGAUGACACUACAAAUAUUAUGGUCUUCAUGUAAUACAUAUGUAGUAGUACUAGUGAUAUUUGAUAGGGCGACUGAAGUAUUCUUCGUUGUAAACUAGUUUUCACAAAUCACAAUUAUCAUGACAAAAUAUACUUGUAAAGUCAACUAGUUUUGUUCCUUUUGGCUAUGAUUAAUUUUUUCAUUACUCGAAUAUUCUACAUAAAAUAAUUACAAUCGGUUUGAAGGACAGAAGUUCAUAGCUAAUUCACUUAAGAAACAAGCUAAAUUUUGGCUGUCAUUUUCAUUUUUAUUUGUCAGAAAAUCUGAGGUCGGCGCAAAGAGAAAUUAAGUAACUUUAGUUUAUAAAUUUAACAAGCCGCAUAACCCCUUGGAGUUUUGAAAGGUUUUAGUUGAUAACAUUUUAACUACCUCGUAAAUGUUUAAUAUAAAAGUAUUAGUCAGAUUAUUAAAAUAUGGAUUAUUGGACGCGAUACUUUUUUUUUUUUUCAGAAGGCGGCAUUUGUAUAGUUCAUGAUUCAUGAUUAUGCACAAAAGCUUAGUUUCCACUACCAACUAAUAUAUCCCAUGAAUACAUAAAAACAUUUUAUCAUUUUAUAUACACAACAUAUUCAGUAUUCCUCCGAAAUAGCUAGCCGCAUAUAUAUCAUUCUAGCACUAGAAUAUUCAUCUAGUGGACCCUUUACGCCGUUAUACAUUUUCUUAACCUAAUUUGUCUGCAACGUUCUAGUUCGGGUGGUUAAAUUUUGAUUAGCUGGAAAAGAGGGAAGAGGUUGUGUGUUCUAGAUUAUGCAUUUCUUAUUGUGCUCAAAGUUGGAUAUAGCGCGAAAAUCGUGUAAUUGUUAGUGUUGACCAACGAGAGUAGCUAAAUCACAUGUUGUUAAUUAAAAAGAGUUAUCUUGUAAAAAACAAGUAACAUGAAAUCCACGGCCUAAUUUUCUACAGUUUUAAUAUGGAGUAAUAAUAUAACUUGGUUAUUGCAUACUUGCACCCAUAAAAGCCAAAUACAAAGGAGUUAGCUGACCAAAAGUCCAAAACACCUUCUUUCACAAGGGGAGGGGGGGCGGGGUCGUACUAGGACAACAUCGCAGCUUUCAUAAUUAUUUAGUUUACAAUUUCAAGACACCAUGUGGCCUUUUUAAUAUUGCAUGUGUAUGGUGUUAGGUUGGUACACGGAAUCAGCAUUUCAAUUUAUUACGGCAAGGUAACAUAUCAUGUAGGCUCUUAUUCUCCUUAAUCUAUCAAUCUCUGUUGUUACUUGUUACCAUAAUCUAACGCUCUUAAACCUUGACUUAGUUUGAUUAUACUGUUUAUAUAUGGUUGUCUUGACUCCUGUUAUCUUAGUCGUGCUCUGAACGUUACUUUCAAAAGAUAGAGGCAAAUUCUCGAUUAAGACGUAUGGUUCACGGAACAAGAAGACUCCUGUCCAAAACAGAUUUCUUUGUACGUUUCUUGUAAUUUAACCAAAUUUUCAUUAAUUGCCCUUAAGAUUUCAGUUUAAACCAUAAAUUACAAUAAUCCAUGCAUGAUUUUUCUCUAUUUUCACUUUCCCCUUUUUUGUAUACAGCUGGAGAAGUAUAUAGUCGGACUCAAAACUCAAAAAAUAUUUUGAAUGUUUCAGCAUGGGAAAUUUCAAAUUCUAAAGUCAUACACAACCCAUACACGGUGUGGUCCAAUAUUAAUAGUGAUUAUUACAUUCAAUGGAAAUAAGACGUCUCUUUCCUUUCUUCUUGUAAAUGCUGCUUUCGAUAUUUUUAUCAGUUUUCAGCUUUUGCUUUACAUGUUCUGCACUAAUGGAUUGUCUGUAAAGUUGUACCAAUUCAAUGUCAUCGGUGUGUGCAUUCAUCAUGAUUCUUCUAUACUAUUUCUUCGAAUUCCUCUUUACACACAUUUUAAAAUAGAACUUACCAAUCUGGUUUAUCCGAUCUAAACCAAACUAAAUUAAACCAUAAUCACAUUUUAAAUGAUACAAUUUGACCCCAAAAAAAUGAUACAAUUAAAAUAUAGAGGAUCUUAUUUAUAAAACUUUCACACACAAAAACGCAUUUGGGUUCAUUUCUUUUAAUUUUAGCAUAUUUUGCAUGUGCUUUGACUUGAAAGAAAGAAAGAAACUAAUAUAUGCUCAAGAUAUUAUAAUACAGACUUAGAGUUAUAACAACAACGUGUUUAUUCACAUUUAAUCCGACUAAACCGUUCCAUGUGUUUGGGAAUUUUGACCAUUCGAAGCAAAAUUAACAUAACUAAAUUCUUACAAAGAAAACGUGUUUCUACGUGGAAUUGUAACCGCAUUUCUAUGACAUCGACUUAAAUACCCUGAUAUUAGUCUGAUAUUAGUCGGAAAGUAUUUCAAAUUUGAAUGAGGUAAUGUAGUAGCCAGUCCAUUUUAUAAUGCGUUUUUUCUGAAGUCGACUACGUAAAAAAAAAAACAUUUUUUGUUGUUUAUAGGAGAAUGAAUAUAAUGGGCCUUUACGCAAGUUACCGAACUAAAUGCCUUUUUCUAAAACACCAAGUUUGCCUAUAUAGUAUAUGGCAUCAAAAGCCCAACGUUUCUCCUAAUUGUAAAAGACAUUUGUAUCAUGUUUAUUCAGUAAAUGUGAUGUUUGCUACACUUUGCUCCGUGCAUAAACAAAGUUUGGUAUCGUGGCCAAUAUUAGAGGUUCCACUGAUUAUCACUUGUUAACUACUCAUCGUUCCUUAUGUCACGAUAUAUUAAACUUCAGAUUAAUUUGCUAACUAAAUUUAUAUCCCUGGUUUUGUUGACCCUUUCAAUAACACAUUGACAUACAUCUAAUUUAAUUAGACUAUAAACAUGGGGUAAACAUUGUGUAUCAUACUUAUCUAUUUUAAUCGUUAGGAGUCAUAAUAAAAUUCUCUCUUAGUAAGCAUAAAACUUCAGCUGAAAUGUGUAAAACUUGUUUUUGAUGUACACAUAUAGUAAUAAUUUUAUAAAAUGCAAAUUGGACUUAAAUUUGUGAUGGUAUACUUGAGAUAGGUCUUCUGAUAUCCAAUAAGCAUAACGUAUAAUACACUUCGAGACACUGUAUCAUAUAAAAAAAGUUUUAAAGGAAAGAAUUAGUGGCUUAGAGUAGUGACCAAUACAUUUUGAAUUUAGGCUUUAUGAAUAUGAAAAGAAAAGCUGACGAAGAUGCUUAGCACAAACAUACUUUCUUACUGGUUAUCAGUAUUCGAUGUUUGGUUCUUGAAGUUUCCCUUUCCAUGCAUCUUAUUAAUCCCUGAAUAAAGCUAACUAGGUGAUAACCCGCGCCUUGCGCGGAAUGAGAUUAUUAAUUUCGUUAUUUAUAAGAUAAAAAGAUAUUAAGUUUGUUUAAUGUGGAUAUCAAUUUGGUUAUAGGUUGGAUUUUUUGGACUUUUCAUUGGCCACAACUUAUAUGUAGAGGUUGAGAUAUAUGAAUCAUUAUCAUAGGGUGUCUAUUCAAUUUGAACUUAUUUUUCAGACAAAAAAAUAGGAUUGGAGCCAUCACAAAAGUGCAAGAGAUUAUCAUGAAGGAUGUUGUAGAAAAAAUCUUAUAACUAAAAAUACAUUUUCAUGUUUAUGAUCACCAGAGGUUUUUUUACUUUCGCUAAUCUUCCACAUAGACUUGUACGGUUUCAAAUCUGAUACAUCAGUUAUCUCAACCAUUAUAGAAGAAUGAGUGAAGAAUGCUCAAGUUUUGUGUAUAGGUUAUGAGUAAGAAAGAUGGGAGACACGUGUCAUAUAUAGGUUUAUAAAAACCUAAUGUAAGUCACGUUGAUCGCCGAAAAAAAUAAAUUAAUGUCAUAUAUUUGUGCCUUGCUCAAUAUAAUACGAUGUAUAUAUUGCCAUAAACCAAAGUUUCGAAAUAUAUACAAAUCCUCUAUCAUUAAUCAACCUUGCCAAUCAGUCAAUGUAGCAUAAUCCAUUUCAAAACAAAGAUUAACUGUUUCUGAUAUAAUAACAAACUAAUUUUAAAUUUUGGUUUAAUAGUGUUAACCAUAAUAAUAGGGAUUAAUUUUAAUUUUGAAAACGUUUUUAUUAUACCGAAUGAAACGCUAAGCAUUAAACCAUACCAGAGCUUAGCGUGUACAUCCCUGUUUCGGUUUAACACUCAAGAAUAGAGUGUUUCUUUAUUAUACCAAAAAAAAAACUUGAGUGGGAUGAACGUAUCUCGUGUGUUUCUUAGGUGUAGCGUUUUUGCAACUCUCUCAAAAGUUGACAGUUUCUUUGGUGUUGCGUUAACAUAUAAUUAAAAAAUGUGUUAGGUAAUGUCUCAAAGCUGUUAAAAAUUAUUAACUAUUAAAUGGAAAAGACGAAACAGUAAUACUCCAAUUAAAGAUCAUGAAAAAAAACGCUAUUCCGGUUGUAAACGUUUUCUUCAUACAUAUAAAUUUUGGAGCAUAUAACUGUUUUUUUGUCAUCCACACAACAUGGAAACACGUAAGAUGAAAGUAUAUUAUUGUGAUCACCAUUAAGAGUAUUGAGACCAAUCCCAAAUCUCAUUUUAGUCUUGGCAUGGCUUGCCAAAAGGCUCAUUUCGAGAUGCAAAUUCUCGACUUGUCUAACAAAAUCUCCAAUCUCAAGAGCCUUAAACCUUCCACUUAUAUCGACAAUUUGUUCCAACAGCUCAUGUCCACGUGCUUGCCUACGGACACAAAUAUCGAAGUUGAAAAGUUGUGCCCAAAAGUCCAAAACAUCAGAACCAAUCUCAUCAACCUACGUAGUGAAGAUAUAGGGUAUUCAGAGCAACACUACUCUACGGUCUUCGGAUCUCUCGAAGAAAACCCACUUCACCAUUUAGAUCUCUGCCCUUACUACACUAACUACCUCAAACUGAGCAAGGUCGAGUUUGAUCUCCUCAUGCUACACACGAGCCAUGUCCCAACCAAGAUCGUGUUUGUGGCCUCCGGUGUGUUGCCCUUCACAUCCAUCAUCUUAGAUAUGUCCCACCUCCCAAAUACGACGUUCGAGAACUUUGACAUCGACCCUCAAGCCAAUUCACUUGCCUCCCAACUUGUCUCACGCGAUACUAAUCUUUCUAGUUUUAACAUAUCUCGUCUGUUUUAUAAUUGAAGUAAAUAAGGAAAUAAAUUGUGAGAAGGUUUAUUUAAGCGACACGUA